AUGAAUUUGGAUAACUUCUCGAAGGUUUCGGAGACGACAAUGAUGCUACGGCAGGAGGAGGAGGGUUUUAACAACAUUAAUAUGUCAACACUUGAAGUGUUAGAAAUCUCAAAUUGGCCAAAGGUUGGAAGGUUACUACUUGGGGGGUACAAUAAUUUCCCUAGUCUCCGUGAACUGAGGAUAUGGGGUUGCAAUGUUGUGGAUUCCUUGUCCUUCCUAGAAAGUGGCUUCCCCAACCUCAGAUCACUUAUUGUCGGUAACUGCGUGAAUCUGAGAUCAUUGACAACCAACCACAUUCCUCACAACCUCGAAUCCUUAGAAAUAACAGAUUGUCCAUGUCUUGAGUCUUUUCCUCAUGCGAAUGGGAAUUUGCCCCCCAACCUGAUUGAAGUUCAUAUCAGCAGUUGGCAGCAACAACUGAAGCCCUUGUCAGAGUGGGGUCUGCACAGACUCACCUCUCUCCAGAAAUUAGAAAGUGGUGGUGGAUAUCCAGACCUGGUCUCCUUUCCUCAUGAGUACUGUCUACUUCCUGCAACUCUAACCACAUUAAUCAUCAAGAAUCUGCCAAAUCUGGUAUCCAUAUCAUCCAAGGGCCUCCAAAAUCUCACCUCUCUUCAUCAUUUAGUCAUCACAUACUGCUCUAAGCUUCGAUCCUUGCCAAAGGAAGGGCUGCCUUCCACGCUUCGAAGUCUUCAGACCAGUAACUGUCCACUUCUUAAAGAACGGUGCUCGGAGGAGGACGAAGGUGACUACUGGCCCAAAAUUGCCCACAUUCCCCGCGUCGCAAUAGAAACCAAUUAUUUCACUUAUGGAUAA